AUGGCAAGUGACGACUAUUUGAUCCAGCUUGAAGUCGAAAAUAACGUGUCUACUGCUCUUUAUGGAUUAAUAUUAGAGAAAUGCAUAUCUGACGAUAAUAUGACAAUUAAUGCUUAUGAUGUACAAUCUCUACCCACACGAUUUAACACAUAUGUCGAAAAAGAUGGAUCUGAUUUAUUGUCGCCCUCAGCGAUUGUCCAAAACAAUCAUAGUUUUGGACACAAUGAUAACAAAACUAAAGUAGCCUACAUUGUGCUUAAUGGUGAUGGUACCCUGCUUGGCCGAUUAUUUACUUGGAACGUUUACACAGGGCGAACUUAUCUCUUCGAACCAAAUGACCAAAACGUUGAAAGAUCGGUGAAUAAAUACGUUGAAGGCAUUAAUAAAAUAGACCUAAGCUCAAAUCAACUGCCAAAUGAAGGUAUCAGUUUGGAUGCCUCAGAUAGUGCACGCACAGAAGAACAAAUGGACGUGGAGCCUACGGACGGCAAUGAUAUUCUCGAAAGUAAAUGGUUAAUUACUAGUAUGAUUAUUGAUUAUGUUCUGAUUCAUUUAAAAAUAGGUAUAAAUUCUAACGUGAAUGGAGAUCAAACUGCAGAUGAUCGCUGUGAAAUAUCCAAUCAAAGUCAGUCCCUGGACUAUUUGUUUUCAUCUCCAUUGAUGUUGUCUAACGGGCUCAAUACUUUUGCUUAUGACACUUUUCCAUUGAGCACAACUAGAAAAUUACCGAGUGAAGCUUCAGGUAAUUCUUAUCUUCUUAUUGGAAACUCCAAUUCAAAUAUCCAUUGUGAAUCUUACUCUGUGGGCCACUUCAACGAAGAAGAUCUCAGCGACUCUAGAACUAUUGAUAGUCCUGUCAAUGAUGCAGCACUGGCACCAAUCCAAUUAUUAAGCUCAAGUCAAGCGUCUCAAAAACUGUACGAGGGACCAACAAUUAUAGUAUCACCUAAACCAAGCUGGAAACCUCGCUAUCAAAGUGAUUUGAUACCUAAACAUAAAGCAAAGGGUGAGAAAAAAAUUUCCAUUGGACUUUUACAAGGCUUGGGUGGCCAACGUUCGCGAGUGACAGUAAAAGUUCCGGCAAAAGAAGAAGGAAGAGGAGUCAUGUAUCUUGCGUGUACCGUGCGUACGUUGGAGAACCAGAAACACGAAUUAAAACUUGUCCUUCCAAAAGGGACACAAGGGAUAGAGAAGGCUCCCAAAAACAGUAAUAUUCUUGGCUAUCUUGACUUCCGCAAUUGCGAUCCGAAUCAAUUUUUCGAUGAAAAAGAACAAAUUAUUUAUAUGAAGAUUACGGAUGACGAACACGGGAAAGAAGAGAAACAGGUCCCAGUAUACCUGAUCAAUCAAUAUCAAGAUAAUCAGCUAAAUACAAAACGAAUUGAAGAAGAAAAACUCAACCAAUGUCGUUUGUCAUUUUAUAUCUGUGAAAAAGUUAACGAAGUAUAUUCAUGCGUAUCACAUGAAUCACUAUCUGAACCAAUUGUUGAAACGAAGUCUCAAAACACAAAAUAA